AUGGCAACAACCAACUCGCAAAAGCCCUUUUAUGAGUUAAGAAACAAGCUACAUCUGCAAUUUCUACUGAAAUUUGAGCGACGGAAAGAUGAUCAACAUAGAUUUGCGCCGAUAGGAACAUCGAGGGAGGUGCUGCAACCAGAUGUCUUGCGCUCUCUUUUCGGGAGUUUGGAUUGGUCUCCUCCUAUAGAGAGUGAUCUAAGUGAAGAUGAUUUCACUGAAAGAAUCGAUGAACAAGGACUGCACGAUUUUCUUGCCAUUUUGCUUUUCAGCAGCUGCGCUGUUAAGGACGUGCAUACAUUUACUACGGAGCUUUUGGUCACAGACAUAUUCAGGAGCAGCAUCUUCACUCUACCUACCACAAAUGGGAAGCUCAAGUUAUUGUUCGAGGAGAAAGUCACGCGUGACAAGUUUCUUGCAAACCAAGCCAUAUUUUGCCCGGUCGUUAUUCAUCAAGGAAAAGAACAGCGCGUCGAAGACCCGGGACGACGGCGACUCCCUUAUCUAGAGGAAAAAUGGCUAGCACAGGGAGGUUAUGGGACUGUUUACAAAGUCAAGGUUGCAACGAGACAUUUCUACGAUGAUCGUAACGGAACAGCUAAUCCGGCGCCCUUGGAGGUCGCAAGGAAGGACUACGUCAUUAGCAGUCAAUUUCCCGCUGCAAGUAAGGAACACGCUGUCCUCGAGAAGAUUCUCGCCUCUGACAGAUCAUGCGAGAAUAUUGUCGAGAACUUUGGGAGUCUUGCAAUUGGCCCCGACAAGUACAGCCUCUUCAUGCCUCUUGCGAUUUGUGACCUGAAGGCAUACAUGAUGGACUAUCAUGAUAUCAAGCCCAGCACUACCAAGGAGAAGGCUGCAAUCAUCCUUUCUGCUUGGGGAUUAGCUCGGGGACUAAACUUCCUACACCAUGAGAUGAAGACACCACAAGGGGAUGACUUGGUCUGUUAUCACAUGGACCUAAAGCCGAGCAACAUCCUGAUAUUUCAGGGCGACGACGACAGGAAGAUUUGGAAGAUAAGUGACUUUGGCAUGGCUCGGGUUAAAUUGAAAAAGAAAGGCGAAAAUAUUGAGAAGGAGAGAGAUUUUAAUAGUUGGUUCGUUAAGCGCUCGAAACCUGGGCCUGAGCCGACUCCAACACCUACUUUGGCUUUGCAUGGGGAGGGCACAUACUUAGCACCUGAAUCUAUGGCUUCAAUCUCAUCAAUGAAAACAGGAAGCGAUGUCUGGUCCCUUGGAUGCGUGAUCAGCGUUCUGUUUGUCUACUUGGAGAUGGGAGCCGAGGGUGUGACCAGAUACUCGGAGGCACGGUCGAAUCACGCCAAAGCAGAUGGGGUUGAUCGCUUUUUCCUUCGUGAUAAAGGAUUUGGACCUUUCAAGUCACACCCUGUCGUCAAGAAUUGGCAUGAACGACUAAUUCUGUCUGGCAAGCAGCGAAGCUCUGAAGAAGGGAAAGCUUUGAAAGACGUGUUGCAUUUUCUCGAGAAAGACGUGUUUCGAGAUCAAUCUAGGCGAUGUGGCGUCGGGAAAGUCGGAAACAUACUGCAAGAAACGUAUAACAUUUAUUCGAACCUAGAAGAUGUCGACUCAUCGAGGCACGACCAGGACCCGACGAUAAAGCAAAGAAUACUUGGCCGAUUUCUGAAGCGUAGAGCGAUUCCUGAAGAUGGAGGACACAUCCGCAGAUGGACGCUCAAAACGGCGCAUCCUUUCAAGAAUUGUGAAAUCUCUAGUGACGGGUCUCUCGUUGUAUUCUGGACUGACACUGAGUUGACGCUUUUUACUUCGCUAUCGGUCUCGAGUGGAGAUGGUGAAGCACAUCCACAAGCUGAGUGGUCUUUGGAAAACGAAGAUUCGAACUGGUUUUGGAAGAACGUUCGAUUGACAAACCGUUUUUUACUGGCUUCUACUUCGGGGGGUACCUUUCGAUGUUAUGUGUUUGAUUUGAAAAGGGGCACAUCAGUAGAUGCCAGCUUUUCCCAUCUGAAGUGCUACACACCAUCACUACCGGAGAUAGUGGACCUUGCUAUUUCAUCUGAUAGCAAACUGAUGGCAUGUAUCUUGCACGGCAGAGAGGAAGCACCACACCGAGCGCUACUGUACAUUGCACCUGUGGCUGCUCCUGGUGAAUAUACGCAAAUGGAGGAGCUCAAUUGGCCAGCAACAGAUAUUGUUGAGUUAUCUUUCCCGACGAACAAGGAUAUUUACCUUAUUAUCCGCCCAAGAAUCAAUAUUCACAGUCAAGAGGAAAAAGCGACUCUCGUUCAUAUAUGUCUUACAUCCAAGAGACUAGAAUCGGUCAUAUUUAGCUCACAGGGAUUUGGUGGCGGCGCCGAUGUUGGCCUUUUCACCACUUUCGCGCCCACCUAUCUACACCCUAGUAUAUGUGCAGUUGUAACGAAAGAAAGGCGCCUAUACAUACAAGGCCUAGAGGAAGCAAAUCAUGCCGCCGCUAUGCAGGCAGACAUCAAGAGUUAUCGUAUACUCAAGUUGAUGACAGGUUGGGAUAAGGGGAAGAUGUUCGCUAUUGGAAGACAUGUGGCAAGCCAUAACAUGAUUCUGCUAGAGGUACAGUUGCCCACAUCAGGAACUAGUGGUGUGUCGAUAAGAGAACUGGCCCAAUUCACCGGCCUUUCCUACAAUGAUCAGUUCACCGAGAGGCUGGGCUAUAUACAAGGAGAAAAAUACGUGCUGCUUGCAGCCUUGAUGAGUGCCAACCAGCGGGCUAUUUACAAAGUACAGAUUGACUGA